AUGGGAAUCACAAAGGAUUAUCUGCGCUACGUGCAUAGUGGAAGCUGUGGAUGUGUGGCCUCAGUAAACGGAGAGAUCUGUUCCAUUGAUGCGAAGAUAUGUGCAGUAACCGCUUGCGAAAAUGUCAACUUUUACAACAUGAGAACAAAUGAGAAGGUCAAUGAGAUAUCGGAAUCGACGAGGAAUGCUACCUGUAUGAAGCUUAGCCGAGACAAACGAUGGUUGGCUGUGGGCUAUGCGGAUGGUGUCAUUCGAUUAUUCGACAGAAAAGCAAAUGAAACGACAGGUGUCAUAUUUUCUGGCCAUAAGAAAGGAGUGAGUUGUUUGGCUUUCAGUCACGAUGGGCUAACGUUAGUCUCUGGAGGAAAAGUAGGUAUAGUUCAAUUCAUCUCGGUCUUAAGGGACUGCGCCGUUAUCCUUUGGGAUAUAGUCUCGGAAAGUGGUCUGUUUCGUCUUAAUGGACAUAAGGGUCCAAUCACUCAUCUUGCGUUUGCGCAAUCUGAUCAGUUUCUUUUGUCAUCCUCGAAGGAUUGCCUUGUCAAGUUUUGGAGUAUCAAAAGUCAAAGCUGCUUCUACUCUUUGUUUGACUGCCGUUCUGAAGUAUUCAUUUUCAGUGAUUCUUUGGAUUUCACUCUUGUUUUGGAUGAGAGUAUGAUCUUAGUUGCUAGCGGAGAAGCCGAAUUAUUAGUGUAUGAGUUAAUUUGGUUGAAAGACGGAAAGCUCCCGUCCUCGUUUGGAUCCGAUGAGCCUGAAAAUAAAAAACUGUCUUCUGAGCGACAGACUGAUGAAGAUUUGAUCGACGAUAUGGCAAAUCGCUAUGUGCGAGUAAAUGUGCGAGGAAAACUGUUACGGCAAGGUAAGGGACGUGCCCUUCAGCUUGCUAUUUCACCCGACCAACGAUUUGUGCUAUGCUUGUAUAAAGGUUAUCAAAGAAUUUACAGUGGAGCAACAACCACUGAAGUCAAAGAGGAAGAUGUCAUGAAAGAUAUAACCAUUGUAAUUAAUCGAGUUGGAGAAUACCGUACAGCGACCAAGAUGAAAUGGGCAGAUUUCGCCCCCGUGUACAAGAUGGAGGAGGAUGGCACAAUGCAGUACUCGGUAAUUUCCAUCGGCAGAAUUAAAUUAUUCAUUAAAUUGUUGUGGACUGCAUUUCAGGUUUUUGCUUUAAUGUCGAAGAACACCGUGCAUUUCCUAAACCAUGGUCAUCGUAGUGAUAUCCGUGGAUUGUCAGUAUCGUCGUCCAAUAACGCUGUUGUGUCUGGAGGAGGAGAUGAGUCAGGUGAACUGUUCCUGUGGGACAUAGGAGGAUGUGAGCUGGUAGAGUCUCGAAAAGGUCAUGAAGGUGCGAUUUGGGGCAUUGUCCACAUUUCAAAUGGCAAGCAAAUAAUGACUGUCUCAUCCGACAAAAAGGCAAAAUUCUGGACUUAUGAAGUUGUAACUGAGGGGACGCGCAAGCGAUUGUCGUUUCGUGAAAGUCGGAUCCUGGAGGUUCCCGACGAAGCACUCUGCUGUGCAGUUUCUCCUGAUGAGAAGUUCGUGAUAAUUGGUUUACUGGAUAACACAGCUGCUGUUUACUUUGCCGACACGUUGAAAUUCUUCAUCUCACUCUACGGACAUUCGCUUCCAGUGACUUGUGUAACAGUUAGCCCUGACAGCAAACUUGUCGUAACAGGGUCGGCUGAUAAGUCUAUUAAGAUAUGGGGACUUGAUUUCGGAGAUUGUCAUAAGUCCUUCCAUGCACACGACGACGUAGUUUCUGAGGUCCUCUUUUCGCCAUCUGAUGAGAUGCUAGUGUGGUCAGCAAGUCGUGAUGGUAAAAUUAAGCAAUGGGAUGCAAAGAAGAUGUGCCGCGUACAGGCAUGUUACACAGUUCUUUUUUUAGUUCUUCGUGACCGAGUUUUGGACAGGCAUUCAGCUGAGGUACGUGCAUUGGCUCAAACUGAUACCGGUAAUUUCUUGUUCUCUGCGUCGCAUGACAAAUCUCUGCGGUGUUGGGAACUUACGGAAGAAAUAAUAGUUGUUGAGGAGGAGGAGGAGAUUGAAAGGGAAAAAGAAUACGAAGCGCGUUUGCUUGAUGCGGAGGAUGUGGUUUCUGGUGAGGCAGUUGAUGCGGAAGCAGGUCUUGCAACGGUGAAGAAUAAACAAAGUAUAAUAUCGGCAGAGAACAUUAUAGAGGCCAUUGAUGUUUUGCGAAAUGAGGCGGUGCAAGUACGAGAAGAUCCUCAGCAUAAACCUCAUCCACUGUUGGCUGCAUAUAAUAGCAAAUCAAAUAAUCACUUUGUAGUUGAUGUUAUCUCCAAAUGCACUCCAAGCAAUCUUGAGCGUGCCUUACUAAUGGUUCCACUUAGUUACAUUCCCGAUAUUCUUUCGGCUCUAUCUGUUUGUGUUCAGAAACGGUACAAAGUCGAAUUCUCGGUCCGAGUUGCCAUAUUUUUGAUAAGAGUUCAUCAAAACUACGUGAUCAAUUCCACAGAGAUGUUACCAGAUAUGACUGGAUUCAAUUUGGCAGCAUUGGAAUUACUUCGAUUAGAAGUUGAAGAAGCACAGAAUUUAAAGUUAUUCGCCGAUAUUUCUGGUAUUACCAACAAACAGAGGAAAAAACGUAAGACUAGGAAAGCACCAGUGAAGGCGUAA